CCGUUCUUCGUUCUCACAUUAGUACAAAGUGAAUAUCAGCCCUCUGCGACAGCUCUCCCGCGCUAAAAUGGCAGUUUGAAGGCGUGCGGCAGCUAUCUUUGCAGCGGCAACAACCCGGCAGUGCAACGGCGAACUGCACUGGCUAUUUCUGGCAAAAUGGCGUCUCUCUCGGCAACCACCUACAGCUUUGCUGCCGUCGACAGCAGGACCGAACCCCUCGACUUGAUAACGUUAUCAGACUCGCCUUUGAUUUUAUUCACCCGUUCACGGCUAACACUGACCAGCAGCAGACAUGACACUCUCCCAGCUGGCCUUGGAGGACGUGGAGGCCCUGUACUUAGGGCCCUCGUUUCUGAUGGCUGACCCCAUGGGGCCCCUUCUGGACCAAGAUGAAGAAGAAGCUCUUUCUCCCUCCUCCUCUCUAGAGGGGAAGGCGCCAGCUUCGCCUCCCCUCUCUUUCUCUUCCCACGCAUCCUCCCUGUCUCCUUACCAGACGUUGUCGUCCUCCCCACUCUCCUCUGCCUCCCCACCUCCCUCUCCUCCUCCCACCCAUCCCUCCUUGUUCCUGGGAACCAAGGCCGGAGCGGACUCCCUGUGCCUCCCCUGGCUGGAUGCCUGUGACCUGCUCAACACCCACGUUGGAGCAGAGGAUGGCAAAGAUGACGCUUUUGAGGGCAUGGACUGGAUGUCAGAGAAAAUCGACCUGAGUGAAUUCGAUCUGGAUUCCCUCAUUGGCUCCUGCUCCUCCGAUGAGUCACCCAGCUCCCCCGAGGAUCUCCUGGCCUCCCUCGACUCCCACAUGGAUCUGGAUCUAGACUCCUUCCACACAUCCAUCCCCGCCCCGCAUGACAGCCUCGAACUGGGUCUUUCACUGCCCGGCAUCCCCUGUAUCCCUGUGGAGCCCCCUCUCCCCAGGGUAGACGAGGCGAAGAAGACAGAGGUGGCUCCUGAUCGGGAGGUUGUGAUGAAGUCUGAGCCUCCCUCCCCAGUUCCCUCUCCCUCACCUCCCUCUCCUCCCUCUCCAGCCUACACGUUGGAGCUGGGGAGUGAAGUGGAUGUCCUGGAUGCAGAGAAAACCACCACAUCCCUCACAGCCACCAUCAUUCCAGAUCCUAGUGGAAGCAUUCAGACGACCAGCCCCAUUGUCCUCUCUCUUCCCCCCUCUGGCCACUUCGUGGUGCUGCUCACCAACAAAGAAGAGCCCUCCAUCGUAUCUCUCCCCGACCAGUCCAUUAAAACUUCUCCUCCGUCAAGCGACUGCGACAGCGACUCUGGCAUCGAGUCUGCUGCCGGCUCACCUGGUCACCUCCCAUCUCCUCCUCCCACCCCCUCUCCAACAGCUGGUUCCUCCAGGACCAAACCCUACUCCAAACCAGAGCCCACCGCCACCACCUCCUCCCCCUCAGCCAAGACCUCCAGGGUCAAAUCGGUGUCUGGCGCUCCCAAAGUGGUGGAGAAGAAACUGAAGAAGAUGGAGCAGAACAAGACGGCGGCCACUCGCUACAGGCAGAAGAAGAGGGUCGAGCAGGACCUGCUUAACACAGAGUGUGACGAGCUGCUGAAGAGGAACCAGGAGCUGGCAGAGAAGGCAGAGUCUAUCAGCCGAGAGAUUCAGUAUCUCAAGGACCUGAUGGAGGAAGUUCGUAAGCGCCGCGUUAAGACCAGCUCAGUGGCUUAGAAACCAGAAUGUGUGUGAGGCACAGUCUGCAUUUAGUAGUGAUGGUGUUUCUGCUCCACCACUCACAUGCCAUAACGAAGCACCACUUUAUUAUUACAAGUAUGUCUUAAGAGAUUACAGAAGAUGGCAUGUGAGGGUGGAUGUAUGAAACACCACUGAACAGAAAAGAGUGGCUAGAUGGAAAGUUAAAAAAGCCUCUGGAAGUUAAUGCGAUUGUUAGUGUAGUGCAGGGGGCUGGGAGGUAGUCAGGUGAAGCAUCUGUACAUGCUUGUCUCUCAGUCCCCUGUUAGAUCCCCAUAAUGUACUCCCCGUCCUUCUAGCAGUACUUGUACAAACAGGCCGGGUGUACAUUUGUAUUUGUAGACUAGGCAUGCAAAACAUGAGUCACCAUAACUCCCAGUAGUGAUUUAGACCAUGAAGAGAUAUACCGCCUCACACUCACCAGUGAUCAACAGUCAGACCCCAGCUCAGCUUCAGUAAAGUGAGAAACCACUUGUACCUUGUUACCCACUCCUUUUUAACCCAGUGUCACCCCAUUUCCACCUUCCUCUUAACAGCUUCAAGUCCAGAAAGGGGCCUCAAUAUAUUUAUGAAUUCUUGAUGUUACACUGUCAACAUGGAUUUUUUUUGUGUAUAUAGUUUUCUCCUCCUUUGCUUGCAGAUUUUAGCUUUUGUUAUUUAAUGCUGGAUAAAACCUGAUCAUGUCUUGAGUAGCUCAGUCUCUCUUAGCACAGUCGUUUGGCUUGUAAAAAUGCUUGCUCUUCUUUUUCUAAUAAAUAUCUAUCGGUACUCAA